UAAAUUAUGAUAGUUGUAAAACGAAUCUUGUGAGCGCCCUGUACUAUUUAAUGCACUAUUGCAUGCGCUAUUUCUGCAAUUAAUCAGCUGAUUCAAACAAAACAGAAAAAAUUUAUAAAAAUUAAAAUGCCUAGAAGAAGUGAAAAGAGCAAAUUAAUAGCUGCAAUUUGCGAAAAAUACUUACAAGACAUACUCAUGUUGGAAUUAAGUGAUGACGAUGAGCAGGAAGAAGUGGAUGAACAAUUUAGAGUGAAUAUGCUUAUAUUAUUGAACAAUCGCCGAAGUGCUCACUUUGGAGUUCCUAAGUCGAACCAUUGGGAGCGGAAUGUAUUAAAGCAUUUUGACGAAAACAGAUUUUGCCAAAUGAUGCGCUUAAACCAAACAGAAUUUGCUUACCUUCUAAACUUAAUAAAAGAUGAUAAUGUGUUUCGAAAUGAUUAUAACGCAGCACAACUUUCGAUCGAUACACAACUUAAGAUCGUCCUUUUUCGAUUAGGAUCAUCAGGUGAAGGACUUUCGGUUCGUAAAGUGGCAUCCUUGUUUGGUAUAGGAGAUGGCGGUACCAUUCAGAUCGUAACCAGGCGAGUUUUUAAUGCUAUUAUUAACUUGAAACAAAGGUUUUUAUACUGGCCCGAUGAAAGGGAGCGAUUAAAGCUUAUUGCAGCAACAGAAAAGGAAAUGCCUGGGUGUGUUGGAUACAUUGAUGGGUCUGAAAUUAAGUUGGCCGAAGCACCUGUGAGGAAUCACGAAAUAUUUUUUUCCCGUAAGCGCCAAUAUUCUGUAAAAAUUCAAGUUAUUUGUGAUCAUCGGCUACGCAUAAGACAACUUACACUUGGUUACCCGGGAAGUGUUCAUGAUGCGAAAAUGUUCUCGGGAUGUUUGCUCUCAAAACAUCCCAAUAGAUUUUUGUUAACCUCGCAAUGGAUAGCUGGAGAUAGUGCAUAUCCAUUAAAGCCAUUUUUAGUAACCCCGUUUCGGCAAAAUAGUACAGAAUAUAGCAGAGAAGAAAGAGAAAAUUUCGAUAAAUACUUUUCCAAAUACCACGUACGUAUUGAAAAUUGUUUUGGGGCCUUGAAAGAAAAAUUUUCAAGUCUAAAAGAACUCAAGUUCAGAUUGCACACUAUCCAAAACAAGAGAGCGUGUAAUGAGUGGAUAAUGGUCUGUUGUAUUUUGCACAACAUUUUUAUAAAUUUCAACAACGAAUAUCAUGAAAGCAGCGUGGAACCCAGUGUGAAUUUAUUACCAUCAACAAACCUUAGACAUAGUCUACUGAACUUUAUUCAAAACCAUCCUAUUGUUUAACGUUUUUACCUAUAUAAAUAUUCAUUGAAAUAAAAAAAUUAACUUUACCUACUAGUAUUACCCUCUACUUUACCUGUACAGAAUUCGGUAUGACGCUAUGCUUUCAAAUGUUACAAAAAAUAAACGAUUAAUUUCACUAAA